UAGAAGAAGUCCACACCACAACGCGUAGAGCUUAAAAAAAAAAAAAAGGAAACCAAGAAAUUUCCCAAAUCUUCCUGAUCACCCGAUAUCCCAUCGAUCACGCAUUAUAUAAGUCAAACACCUGUUCGAAUCGCAUGGCUUCAGCGGCUUCCAUCGAACCCAUCGCCAUCGCCAUCGCCAGCCUCAGGCCCCUGCUCCACCGACGCAGCAUCCGAUUCUUCCUCCGCCGCUGUCGUGGCCGCGACCGCCGCCCCCACCCCGAUACAUGGAGAGCCUAUAGACAUGGUCCUCCUCUUCUUCUCAGAUUCCCCGAUCUCCCUGGCCGUGGGCCUCCUCGUCCUCUUCCUCCUCUUCCGCUUCGCCUUCAAGUUCUUCAUCCUCCUCCUCCUCUUCCUCGUCUGCUCCAACUUCGUCCUCGUCAUUCGAUGACCCCCCCUCCGCCUCCGCAGCCCACCUCCGAUUCCUCCCCCUCCAAGACGGUGAGGACUGUGAUAAAGGGCAGAGUGCAGGGCGUUUUCUAUAGGAACUGGACCAUCGAGAAUGCGACCCAACUGGGUUUGAAAGGUUGGGUUAGGAACCGUAGGGACGGCUCCGUCGAAGCCCUCUUCUCUGGCAAAGCCGAGCUGGUAGAAGAGAUGCAGCAGCGGUGUCGGCGGGGGCCGCCCGACGCGGUGGUCACUGGCCUGGAGGUUUUCCCUACGACUGAUGAUCCGGGCACUGGAUUCGAGCGCAGACCAACUGUUUGAUCGAUUUGUGUAGAGACAGUGAGUUGCCGCCAAUAUCUUACUUACCAUGUAGCAAUACCUACUUUUGUUCCUGUAGUAACACUAUUACCCUUUGCAUCUAAUUGAGGAUUUGUGAGAAUAUUUCUUACGCUGCUUGAUUAUGGCAAUUUUUUCACAUCAAGCGUUGUAAGCAUCAUUUUCGUAGUUUUCUCAACAUUGUGGGAAUAAAUGGUUACCUUACCUCA